AAAAAUCAUUUGCAAUUUGUCCUUUGCCCUUAUUAAAUUCGCUUUUUUCUUUCUGACGUCUGCCUCAGCAAAAAAACAUACUUUUACUCGCCAUUUUUAUUCACUGCGAAUUCCGCACUCAAAUCACAUCACAUCACCUGCCCUUGACUAGCUAUGGAGGUGCGACUGGACGCGUUCUCAGCCACUACACUCUUGGCCUCAAACACACAGCAAAGCAGCGACCGGAUAAAGGCGCGCUUCCGCCACCAAAACUCACAAAUCAUGCGCGAUAUAAUGGCGCUUGGCAAGCUUGUUCAAGAAACCCAGGCGUCCAUAUCAACGCUCACCGAUACCCUUAAUUCUCAGUCAGUGGCAGCCCAAGCUGUGGAGAAAAUCGCCCAAAUCAAUACCGUGCGCCAGCAGCUCGAGCGCUCGGAGCAGGCCCUGGAGUAUUUGCGCUGCUACACCGAUUUACCGCAGAAGAUCAGCGCUUUCAUCGACAGUGGCGAGCUUGCGCAGGCCUGGGGGCUAGUCGACAGCGUGGAUCAGUCAGCACUGGCACAGACAAAGGGCGAAGGGUCGUCCGUGGGUAUAAGUGCGGAGGAUGCGCGCAAGUUCGAAGAGCAGAUCGAGACUGCGGUCAUCGGCCGCCUGGAGCAGGCCAUUGUUGCUCACGACACAGAGAAUAUGGCGGAGGCCGCCCGGCUGCUGCAGGCGCAUGGGCGCAGCGACACGGUGCAGUCGGCGUUUCUCAGGAUUCGCUCGGAGGCCGGCGCCAAGCAGCUGCGGCCGGUUGUCGCCAAGUGCCAGGCCAAUCAGGCUAGCACCUUUGACACGGCCCUGCAGCUUGAGCGCUCAUUUGUCGAGGCUGCAGGCAUGCCACAGGACGCAGCGGUCUUGUUGGAAACUUUACUGGCCAGCUAUAUCGAGCUACUGCAGCCAGCCAUUCAGCUCAAAGUGGACGACAUAUAUUCAAGCAAUGCCGAUAAUGAACCUGCGGACUGCAGCUCGUCGGCAUGCGUGGCCGACCUGUACCAGAAUCUGUCGGCAUUCUACGCCGACUUGUCCGAGGCCCUGAGCUUUAGCACGUUGAGCGUUGGCGACGACUCUGCACUGGAAACCGCGGCACUGGCAUCCAAGCCCAUCCCGCAGUCACUCAGUCUGCUAUUUGCGCCAUUCGUCCCUCAUAUGGCUUUGCUGGCCAGCACCGAGGCCGCACACAUCCGUCGCGGCAGCUUGGCUAGACUACGGCAGCUGGAGCCCGAUUACGAGCGCAUUGAGGCGUAUGUCAGAGACGCAUCCAUGGCCUUGCUCGGCGUCUUUGUCGAUAUAGAGAACGCGCUGGAGCGCGUGUUUGCUUUUGUUCCGGCGUCAAAGCUGAGCGGUGCUAUUUCGGAGAUUGCCGCCGUCGUGGUUGAUAUUUCUACGCAUUUUUCAACCAUGAUCCGCAAUAUUGCUGAGCAAGCCGGCAUUCCGCUGGCUGCGCUUGAUGUGUUUGGCAACUUGGCCGGCUUUUCGCCGGGCCGCGGUGGGAAGAGAAGGGAAAAGAAAGCUAUCUAUCAGACCCUGGCGAAUGCCGACAAGCUGGAGACAGUGUCAAGCGUCGUUGGGGUAUCCUUGCUGAGCCGUAUUUUUGACCAGUACGCCUCGGCGCUGUCGGUGUCGAUCGCCAAGCAGUGGGAUGAUUUCCUGGCCACGCUGGCGCGGCAGCCGGGCUUUGCAACAUCUCCUGCAAGCGUCAGUGUGACAGAGCAAGCAGCGAGUCCAUCGAGGCUGCUGCUGAGUGCAUUUAUGGAGUCGUGCGCGACAAUUGCCGACAUGAGGGCCAUUGUCAUAUCUCCCCUCCUGGCCGCCGAUGCGCCUCCACCUCACGCAAUGCAAUCCGUGGAGGGCGCAGGAACCGGGUUGUCGCAUAUUACAUGCUCAAUGGUGUUCUUCCUGCUGACCAGUGCCUUUAGAUUGCCGCUGGCGCGCAUUCCGACGCUGAGCGUCUGGCGUGCUGAGCGUCAGAGCAAGUCCAGCAUGAACAUUGAAGUUCCCCUGUUCAGCUGCUCGCCAUCGGAGGAGGCCGUCGAUAUUGGCGAAAAGAUGCACGUUUUGCUGCCCGAGCUCGAGCAAAUAGAGGUCAUGGACUCGCAGUACACCCGGAGCGUCGAUCUGGAGGGCGCCGUUCCACACUACGGCGGCAGUGACCAUGUGGACGUGGAGAGCGGCGAGAUGUCUAUUCAGCCGAUGCUCUCGCUGCUUGUUUCUCAGAUAUGCAGUAUCGGCAUGCCGCCGCUGAGCGACAGCGGGCGGCAGCAGUUGGCUGCAGAUAUGGAUUAUAUUGCGAGUGUUGUUUUGUCCUUUACCAACUCGACUUUGCCCGAGUUCAACGUUGUUAGGCGCUGCGUCUGGCAAUGUACUAAUGCCGACGAUGCUGAUAUGCCGCCGGAUCUUCUGGGCCAAGAGGAUACUGAGAAGAACGGCGACAAACUGAGGCGGGUCUGCGAAAAGAUGCAGGCGCUACUGGACAUGAAGGAGGAGCGGAGUACGUCUUGAAUAAAACGUUUUUGCAGUUAAUUUAGUUAUAAUAAUCCUUUUUAACUCUAUGAAC